AUGAAUAAAAAACUAUUUGCUUUUAUAGUAGUAUUAAGCUUCUUAGAAGUUGUUCUCUCUGAUCCCUGUCCUAUGUGUACAUAUAACCCUACUGGCGAUAGUUCAUCUGGCCAAUGUACCAGCUGCCCUGGUGGAUUAUGUACACAUAAUAAAGGAACGGUUGGAUAAGAUCCAAAUGUAUGUACAUUUAAGGCAUGUCCUAAAGGAUAAUAUAGUUAUACAGGUUUUGAUUUCACCACAGAUGGAGUUCCUUGUUAAAAUUGUGAUGCAGGUACAUCAACUCUUAAUAUUUAAACUAAAGGAACGGAUUAAUCUGUUUGUACUGUUACUUUAAAAGCAUGUGCUAAAGGUAGUUAUUCUUCCUCAGGACUUGAUACAGACGGAUCUGGAGAUGGAUGUACUGCUUGUACUGCAGGUACAUCAACUCCUAAUACUUAAACUAUAGGAACAGAUUAAUCUAUUUGCACUCUUACUCUUAAAGCAUGUGCUAAAGGUAAAUACUCUUCUUCAGGAUUUGAUACAGACGGAUCUGGAGCAGGAUGUACUUCUUGUACUGCAGGUACAUCAACCCCUAAUACUUAAACUAUAGGAACAGGUUAAUCUGUUUGUACUGUUACAUUUAAAGCAUGUGCUAAAGGUAGCUAUUCUUCCUCAGGAUUUGAUACAAACGGAUCUGGAGAUGGAUGUACUGCUUGUACUGCAGGUAAAUCAACUCCUAAUACUUAAACUAUAGGAACAGAUUAAUCUGUUUGUACACUUACUCUUAAAGCAUGUCCUAAAGGUAACUAUUCUUCCUCAGGAUUUGAUACAGACGGAUCUGGAUCAGGAGCUGGAUGUACUGCUUGUACUGUAGGAACAUCAACUCCUAAUAAUUAAACAAAAGGAAUAGAUUAAUCUGUUUGUACUCUUAAAGCAUGUGCUAAAGGUAACUAUUCUGCCUCAGGAUUUGAUACAGAUGGAUCUGGAACUGGAUGUACUGCUUGUACUGCAGGUACAUCAACCCCUAAUACUUAAACUAUAGGAGCAGGUUAAUCUAUUUGUACUGUUACUCUUAAGACCUGUCCUGCUGGCUCAUAUAGUGUAUCAUCAUUUGAUACAGAUGGUAAUGGAUCAGGUUGUAAUAAAUGUGCUGUUAAUACUUACUCUGCAUAAGGUGCUACUUCUUGCACUUCUUGCACUAAUAAUCGUACCUCUCCAGCUGGAUCUACUGCUGUAACUGCUUGUGUAUGCCCAUAAGGAACAUCUGGUACUGCAGAUGGUGUCAGCUCAUGUUCAACCACUACUAGUGGCUCAAUAAACACUCUUUUUAUUUCACUUAUUUUUAUUUUAAUAUGUUUAUUUUGA